CUUUGGGGUCAUUUUGGGGUCCCGCCCAGGCUUCUCGGGCCCCACGUGCCAGACGGACAUGGACGAGUGCGCCAGCACCCCCUGCCAGAACGGCGCCAAGUGCAUCGACCGGCCCAACGGCUACGAGUGCCGCUGCACCGAGGGCUUCGAGGGCGCCCUGUGCGAGCGCGACGCGGACGACUGCACGCCGGACCCGUGCCACCACGGCACGUGCGUGGACGGCAUCGCCAGCUUCUCCUGCGCCUGCGCCCCCGGCUUCACCGGGUACCGCUGCGAGCUGCAGCUGGACGAGUGCCACAGCCAGCCCUGCCGCCACGGGGGCAAGUGCAUCGACCGCAUCGCCUCCUACCAGUGCAACUGCCCCCCCGGCACCGCCGGCGUCAACUGCGAGGUGAACCCCGACGACUGCGCCAGCGACCCCUGCGUCCACGGCGUGUGCCAGGACGGCAUCGGCCGCUACGACUGCGUCUGCCAGCCGGGCUUCACGGGCCCCCGCUGCAACGUGGAGAUCAACGAGUGCGCCUCGAACCCGUGCCACGAUGGCGGCACCUGCGUGGACGGCGCCAACGGCUUCACCUGCCUGUGCCCCCCGGGCACCCACGACGCCCGGUGCCGCCCGGGCACCCUGCCCUGCCACAGCAGCCCCUGCGCCCACGGCACCUGCCGUGACCACGGGGACAGGUGAGCACCCACGCCACGCGGU